AUGGAGGAGUUCACCCGCCCGGUUCUCUGCCAACGCCCAUUCUCCAGUCGCGUUGGAUCCAAAUACGUUCUGGUGCGGGGGGACCCCGAUAUCCCGACCAAUGCCAACCCUCCGCAGGAGAUCAGCAAUCGGGUCAUUGAUGAACUUGUGUCUGCCUUUGCUGAGGAAUACGAGGGCCCUCGGCCGGUUCAAGCCGAGGAGCGUGAUGACGCGAACCCCUGGAUUCAUCGGACGAGGUGGACCGUCUACCUCCGCGGAAUCAACACCCAGGCCUGGUGGACUGCGGCACCCGACGCGGAGUCAUCCGACCCGACUGAAAUGGCUGCCCGCGCGAUAUGGGAUGCCAUGCCCACCGUGCCCGUAGGCCGUGUCACGCAGCAGGUGUGUACAGAAACCGGGCAUAUCGUUCGCACCGAAGCGGUUCGGACUGAGCAAGGCCGACAGCCUCACCAGCCACUGCAAGCAUCCUGA